AUGAAUUUUCGUUAUAGGGAAAAUGGUGGCAAGCGCUAUAACGACGACAGGCUGUACGACGACGACAGUUUGUACGACGACGACAGGUUGUACGACAACGACAGGUUGUACGACGACAACAGGCUGUACGACGACGACAGUUUGUACGACGACGACAGGUUGUACGACGACGACAGGUUGUACGACGACAACAGGCUGUACGACGACAACAGGCUGUACGACGACAACAGGCUGUACGACGACAACAGGCUGUACGACGACAACAGGCUGUACGACGACAACAGGCUGUACGACGACAACAGGCUGUACGACGACAACAGGCUGUACGACGACAACAGGCUGUACGACGACAACAGGCUGUACGACGACGACAGGCUGUACGACGACGACAGGCUGUACGACGACAACAGGCUGUACGACGACAACAGGCUGUACGACGACGACAGGCUGUACGACGACGACAGGCUGUACGACGACAACAGGCUGUACGACGACAACAGGCUGUACGACGACAACAGGCUGUACGACGACAACAGGCUGUACGACAACGACAGGCUGUACGACGACAACAGGCUGUACGACGACGACAGGCUGUACGACGACGACAGGCUGUACAACGACAACAGGCUGUAUGACGACAACAGGCUGUACGACGACAACAGGCUGUACGACAACAGGCUGUACGACGACAACAGGCUGUACGACGACAACAGGCUGUACGACGACAACAGGCUGUACGACGACAACAGGCUGUACGACGACAACAGGCUGUACGACGACGACAGGCUGUACGACGACGACAGGCUGUACGACGACGACAGGCUGUACGACGACGACAGGCUGUACGACGACGACAGGCUGUACGACAACGACAGGCUGUACGACGACGACAGGCUGUACGACGACGACUGGCUGUACGACGACAACAGGCUGUACGACAACGACAGGCUGUACGACAACGACAGGCUGUACGACGACGACAGGCUUGUACGACGACAACAGGCUGUACGACAACAACAGGCUGUACGACGACAACAGGCUGUACGACGACCACUGCACGGGAAGGUGACGGACAUGACCACGACGCUGUACUGA